AUGGUGUCGGUGGGCGAGCGUCGCCCGCUGUGCGGGGCGGCCGGGGACCUGGCGGCGCUGGCGGAGCUGGACGAGGCGGCGCUGCUGGGCGGGCUGCGGGAGCGGUUCCUGCGGCAGCAGGUCUACACCGACGUCGGGGACAUCCUCAUCGCCAUGAACCCCUUCCAGCCCCUGCCGCUGUACGGGAGAGAGGUCUCCGAGCGGUACCGGUGCCACGAGACGGGCACGCUGCCGCCCCACAUCUUCGCCGUAGCCAGCCGGGCCUACCACGCCAUGCUGGGCCACCGGAGUGGCAGGCCCCAGAGCCAGUGUAUCGUCAUCAGUGGAGAGAGCGGUGCAGGGAAAACAGAGAGUACGAAGCUCUUGUUGCAGCACAUAAUGAACCUAUGCAAAAGCAACUCGCAGCUGGAGCAGCAGAUCCUUCAGGUAAAUCCGUUGCUUGAAGCUUUUGGCAAUGCCCAGACUGUGAUGAAUGACAACAGCAGCCGCUUUGGAAAAUACAUACAGCUGCGUUUCCAGAAGAAUACAGUGCAAGGUGCAAAGCUAAGUGAGUACCUGUUAGAGAAGUCACGGGUAGUGCAACAAGAUACUGGGGAGAGGAAUUUCCAUAUCUUCUACUACAUGUUUGCUGGACUCUCUUCAGAGGAAAAGGAGAUGUAUGGGCUAUUGGAUCCUUCACUCUACAGGUACAUAAGUGGACGAUUUGGUACACAGGAUGUAGCUCAGCACUGGAAGCACAAAUACCAAGAGGUGUGCAAUGCCCUUGACAUGGUGGGCUUCCAAGAACAGGAGCAAGUGGACAUGCGGGCUAUCUUGGCUGGUGUGUUGUCUCUGGGCAACGUGACCUUUGAGCCUGAGGAGAGCAAUGGGUCUGUAAAAGUGAGUGAAGCCUCCCAGGGAUGGCUGAAGGCUGCAGCGGGUCAGUUUGGAGUCCAAGAAGAUGAACUGUUAAAAUGCCUUAUUUGUACAAUGUCAGUGACCCGAGGCGAGCAGAUUAAGCGUUUUCACACCCAGCAGCAGGCAGAAGAUGCUCGGGACUCCAUUGCAAAGGUGGCAUAUGGCCGAGUAUUUGGCUGGAUCGUUUGCAAGAUCAAUGAGCUGCUGGCUGAGAACGUGGAUCCUGAGGUGGAACUGACGGAGAUAGGUAUCUUGGAUAUUUUUGGGUUUGAAAACUUUGCAGUGAAUCGUUUUGAACAGCUUUGCAUAAACUUGGCCAAUGAGCAGCUGCAGCACUUCUUCAACCAUCUGGAGCAGGCUGCCUAUAAGGAAGAAGAGCUGCCUUGGGAGACUAUCACAUUCAACAAUAAUGAACCUAUUCUGAAUCUGCUCCUGGCCAAGCCACUUGGGCUCCUGUCUCUUCUGGAUGAGCAGAGUGCAUUCCCUCAGGCAACUGAUAAGACAUUUGUGGAUAAACUAAUCAGCAGCUUCAAGGGGAAUUUACACUUCCAGCCAGGCCGAGGCCAUGUUUUGGGCUUCAGCAUCAUUCACUAUGCUGGGAAAGUGCAAUAUACUGCUGGGGGCUUUCUAGAGAAGAACAGAGACACCUUGCCAGCCAACAUCCGUGGGCUCUUCAUCAACAGCAUCACCCCCUUGCUCAGUGUGCUGUUCACAGCCACUGUCUCCAGGACAGGGACACUGAUGCCUCAUGUGAAAGCCAAGGUCAUACCGGCAGCAGAUGACAAGUUCAACAGCACACGAAAACAGUCUGCUGGAGCUCAGUUCCGGCAUUCCCUGAUGGUGCUCAUGGAGAGGAUGUAUUCUGCCAACCCCCACUUUGUGCGCUGUAUAAAGCCCAACAGCCAGAAGCAGCCAGGUGUGGUGGACAGCCAGGUGGUGCUGCAGCAGCUUCGGUACAAUGGACUGCUGGAGACAAUCCGUAUCCGAAGAGAUGGUUUCUCCUGGAGACCCUCAUUUGAGGAAUUUGCUGAAAGAUAUGGAAUUCUUCUAAUUAAACCAGAUGUUUCCCUCACAAAAGAAAGCUGCUUGGAGAUACUGCAAAGUACAGAGCUGACAGGCUGGAUAUGUGGAAAGUCAAGACUUUUCUUUAAGUAUUGGCACCAGGAACAGCUGGCAAAGUAUGUGGAGCGACUGGAAAGAGCAGCAGUUGUCAUACAGAAAGUUUUCAGGGGAUUCAGAUACAGGAAGCGUUACCUAAAACUGGUGGCUGAGCUGAGAGCUCAGGCACAGCGGCUACAGGAGGAGGCAGAGAGAGAAAGAAGCCAGCAGCUGGCGGUGGAAGCAGAGGCCCAGAAAAGAAUCUCCCUUCCAGUCCCCAUGCCACGAAAGAGGCACCCUCAGCCUUGUCCCCAUCCUCCUGAUAAGCGACCACAGCCACCAGUGCCACGGCCACGCAGCAAACUAACAGAGUCCACUCCUUUUGAUAACUUCUUGGACCCUUCUGCACCUCGCCCUGUUCUGGGAACAGAGGAACAGACUGGAGAAGAGGCAAAAAGGAGGAAAGUCAAGAGAGGAGCAACUCUCCGCUGGUUCAAAGAGACGCAGGCCCAGAAGGUCAUGCAGGAUGAUGGCGCCUUUCCAAGCUGGCUGCAUGGGAUGAUCAGCCGGAGGUUGUAA